CAACCUUAACCUCGUAUGUCGUUUCCACCGCAUGUCUGUUAUUCCGUCGCUUAUUUCUGAGUAAGUUGCCGUUACAAAAAUAUAAGAUGUGAGUCCAUCUGUGCUAGUACAUCUAGUGCGCGAUGCGUGCGCGCAUUUUCUAGUGUUUUCGAAGUGUUUCAACGAAAAAUUACACACUUCUAGCUCCGAAUCAGCGCAUAUGGUCACUUCGGAGCGGAUUCAUAAGCCCUGAGAUGUAUCUAAUGAUAUACCUACAUAGCCAACUCAAGAAGUCAGCUCUUCAGAAUGCUGAAGAUUAAUAUUGGGUAAUCGGGGCCUUCUAUAGAAGGAUGAAAAAAUUGAACCUAUAUUCAGAUGACCAACAAUAACAAAUCUGUUUGAGAGGAAACACCACCACGUGGCUGCUCAGUUCAAAACGAAAUUAGAGAUACUUAUUUCUUCUUACAAUUCGCCGAUUUGGGAUGUUUCUAAAGCGAUCCUACAACGAAAACGAACUAAAAAACGAACGAAUCAGCAACGAGAAAAAUGGAGUCACCGCAAAAGAGUCUCAGAAAUAGAUAGCCGGUUAAAUGCAUCAUUCCAAGUCUGCUCCGCUUUCACCAAUGUUCUUAAACGGUCCUAACAGAAAUGUUAAAGCAUAUGUUAAACGCAAAUGGGGGGGUAGGAAACCGAGGCCCCCGGCAAGAUAACGCCAUGGAAUCAAGACUGGAUACAUCGGCCUACAGGUAUCGUUCCUCGAACCUGAACAGCUCAAGAGUGUCCCAACAGUUUCCCCUAAAUGCCUCCCAGUUGCACGUCACAACGAACCUGGACACCUCCAAGCACUCAAUCCACAGUAUGGGAAACGGGAUAGCGCCUGCGCCAGCGCUGGACUCGAAAGCAAUGAACGGAGGUUUGAACAUAUCGCGCACGCGUAGUCGCGGAGGCUCUAUGAACAAGUUUAUCGCAAAAAGUCGUGAGGUUGGUGUUAAAGAGAUGCUAGUAAGUUUAGGAUUAUUGUGCUUAGUCAGUUUAUUACUCGCGUUGUUGUCUUUGAUAUUUUUGUUGAAAAUAUCGCCAGUGACUGCGAAUGAUAUAAGGGAGGUUCUGAGGGCUGAACAAUUAACUGUGAUAACUGCCGAGGAGUAUGUAGUGGUUUACGAAGUUACUUUAGCUCUGUGCGCGUUGACUUUGUCCCUGAAUCUGUGCUGUCUUCUCGUAUGCGCCAUUCAGUUUCUAUUUGCUGUCAAAUUGGUUAAAGGGCCUCAUGGAGGAAAUGACAGAACAAACAAAUAUCUCCAGAAAUCAUCUUUGAGUAGAAUUUGCGCAGUUGGUGGAUUUUUCAUUUCGAUACCAGUAUUUUUAACAGGAAUCAUUUUGUAUACAUUCAUCCAAUUUCAUUCUACUCCUGCCAUAGUGACUAGCGUGUUCAUUGGGUUAGGGAUUGUCUUUUGUGGUUGUGCCAUGGUCCAUAAUGUAUUUAUUUGGCAAAGGGAAAAAACCAAUGCUGUUAAAGAACUAGCACUACAACAGGUUACUCAGCACCAUGAGCAAAUAACUCAACACAAUUCCUUCCAUAAUAUGACAUCUCCAUCAAGUACAACUCAGCUAAAUCAACUGAAUCAGUCUCACAUAAGCAAUUAUAACCACAAUCUACACUUAUCACCUAGUGUUCAUGGAAAUGGUGCAAUAUUCAUCAGACCAUCCACAACAACUCCCCCUACAGCUGACAAUCUGAACCUUUCCAAACAUUCUCAUCUACGAGAAGCCAGUGGAAGUGUCAGUCCAGGUAUGCCAAAUGUAACUAUGGAUCUUAGUAGUGUUGCUACAACGAAUUCUCCACAUGAAUUAUCUACGCUGGUUUAAUACCAACAUUUGAAAUAUUUUAUGUUACAUAUAUGCUUUAUGUGCAUUUGACACAAUUCAAAUAACUGGUCACCAUGAAAAAGUUAAGAGACAGUUUACUAAAACCUGGAAGGGGGUGUACUGAGCAAACAGGGUGUUGAGGGAGAAAUUUCAAUUUGAUAUUCCUCAUCAAUUUCAAUAUUUUACAAUUCAAUUUUUCCCCCAUGGUGUACUAAACUAUUAACCACGACUAUUCAUUCUGUAUAUUUCCCCACUCUGUUAAAUAGUUUAGUCAGUUUGGUUAUUGAAUUACAAGAGACAACCAUACCUUGUACAUUUUGAUUUCAAUCCAGUCACUUUUCUUGUCACUAUCAGCUAUCGUAUUAUAUUGAAAUAUAUUUUAUUCAAAUUAUAUCUGAUGUGGCUAAGGGUUCAAUUAUAUAUUUUUAAUGAUAGUUUUAUUCAUUAAAACAAUGUAUUCCAAAAUUAAAAAGUAUUCAUUAUCAUGUCCAUAAUUUAAUUUUUGAUGCAAAUGCUUUUCUUGCCUGAAUAAUUAAAUAUUUUUGGAAUACAUUCAUUUGGAACAAGUACAAAAUAGCAUUCACUUUGGAAAAUGAGGGUCAUGCUACAUACUUUGAGAGGAUAAAAUUUUAUAGUCUCAUUACUUCAACUUUGUACCUAUGUGUUAAAAAUUCAUUUCAUUAAUAUAAUUUCUAAUUUUGUACAUAACGCAAAUAUAUCCGGAAAACUGCCUGAAAAGAAAUAAAUAUAUUUUUAAUAA